AUGGUCAAGGCUCGGAAAUAUGUGGUCAAGCGAUACUUUGAAGGUGUACCAAAACGCGAUGAUUUUGAAAUCAUUGAGUACGAAUUGCCACCUAUCCAGAAUGGUGAAAUUCUAGUUAAAGCAGAGUGGGUUAGCGUCGAUCCUUACUUGAGAGCGUAUAACAAUUUCCGGUUUCCGGUGCCUUAUGACCAGUUUUCUUAUCAAGUUGGAUUGGUGGAAGACUCUAAGGACCCUCGAUUUCCCGUCGGUACUAGAGUUGUUUCACACAAGGGCUGGUGUGACUAUAGUGUCAUGAACGCAAAUGUGAGUAAUUCUCCAGCAGAAAUAAUAUACAAGCUGCCUGAUAUGAAGGAUUUUUCGAAUUCUUUGGGUAUUGGAGCAGUGGGAUUGCCAGGAGCCACGGCGUAUUUUGGACUUCUUGAAAUAUGUCAACCGAAAGCCGGUGAGACUGUUGUAGUUACUGGUGCUGCCGGAGCAGUUGGAUCACUGGUCGGCCAAAUUGCAAAGAUAAAAGGUUGUCGAGUGAUUGGAUUCGCAGGUUCAGAUGACAAAGUUAACUGGUUGGAAAAAGACCUAGGAUUCGAUAAAGCGUUCAAUUACAAAACUGUGGAUGUUCAAAAGGUUCUCAAGAAAGCGGCGCCGAAAGGAGUCGAUUGCUACUUCGACAAUGUUGGAGGUGAAAUAAGCAGCAUUAUUAUAGGUCAAAUGAAUGACUUCGGAAGAGUGGCUGUAUGCGGAAGUAUAAGUUCUUACAAUGAUGACUUCGCUAAACUACCGAAAGCUACUAUAUUACAAAUACCUUUAGUCAUGAAGCAAUUAAAAAUAGAAGGUUUCUUAGCACCACGAUGGAGAGACCGCUGGUCUGAAGCUUUUUCGGAUCUAUACAAAUGGAUUAAGUCAGGAGAUUUGAAAACGAGAGAGCACGUUACUGAAGGCUUUGAUAAACUUUACGAUGCAUUUAUAGGAAUGUUGAAUGGUGAAAACAUCGGUAAAGCUCUAGUCAAAAUUUAA